UGACCAAUAAAUUAAAACUAAUCAAUCCUCAAGUUUCUGGAAAAACACCUUUGACCAACAUGUCUGCAUUCAGGAUUGUGCUGCUGGGCAAAAGUGAAGAUAAGAAGACAAAACUUGGUAACUUCAUCAUCGGGCACCAAGGAUUUCACUGCCAAAGACAAUCACCCAUCAGGCACUGUGUGGCCUCCUGUGGAGAGUGGAGAGGAAAACUACUGACAGUAGUAAAAACUCCAAACUUCUUCAGUCUGUCUGAGGAGGACAUGAGAAGAGAAGUAAAGAGGAGUGUGAGUCUCUGUCAUCCUGGACCAAAUGUUCUGCUGCUGUUGGUGAAACCUUCUGAAUUCACUGAGGAGAAAGGAACAACUAUGAAGUUCAUCCUGAGUCUGUUUGGUCACAAUGCCUUUAAACACUCGAUGGUCGUCAUCACACAUGAGAAUGAAAUUAGUUUCUCUGUGAAUGAAGUCCUCAGAGAAUGUGGAGGAAGGCACUACAACAUGUUUGAAGAUAACUAUGGAUCGUUAAUGCAGAAGAUUCAGGAAAUGACAAACCAAUAUGAUCACCACAUCAAACCAUCUUUAAACCUGGUUCUGUGUGGGAGGAGAGCAGCAGAGAAGAUUUUAACAGCCAAGGCCAUUUUAGGUCAGACAGAGCUUCAUUCAGUCUCCAACUCAUCAGAGUGUGUUAAACAUCAGGGAGAGGUGUGUGGACGUUGGGUUUCCCUGGUGGAGCUGCCUGCCUUGUAUGGAAAACCUCAGGAGGCAGUGAUGGAGGAAUCACUCAGGUGUAUCUCCCUCUGUGAUCCUGAGGGUGUCCAUGCCUUCAUCCUGGUCCUACCUGUGGCUCCCCUCACUGAUGAAGACAAGGGAGAGUUAGAGACCAUCCAGAACACAUUCAGCUCUCGAGUCAAUGACUUCACCAUGAUUCUGUUCACUGUGGACUCAGAUCCUACAGAUCCAGCUUUUGUUAACUUUUUAAAGAAAAACCAGGCCAUCCAGGAGCUCUGUCAGAGCUGUGGAGGAAGAUCUGUCAUUCUCAACAUCAAAGACAAACAGCAGAUCCCACAGCUGUUGGAAACUGUGGAAAAAAUCAGUCUCCACAAAGACAAAUCAUACAGCUACACAAUGUACACAUUUGGACAAGCCCAACUAGAGAAGAUGUUACAACAAGAGAAAGUCAUCACCCAACUUGCACAGAACAGAAGCACUGCUGCUUGCAAUGAAGAGAUUCAGAGCCCAGAGUGUCUGAGGAUUGUGCUGAUAGGUAAGACUGGCUGUGGAAAGAGUUCUUCAGGAAACACCAUUCUAGGACGAGAUACAUUUUUAUCUAAACCUUUCCAAAAGUCGGUCACCAAACGCUGUCAGAAAGAACAGGGUGAUGUCAACGGCCGUCCUGUUGUUGUGGUCGACACUCCUGGACUGUUUGACAACAGUUUAUCACAUGAAGAGAUCAAUGAGGAGAUGGUGAAAUGCAUCAGCCUCCUGGCUCCAGGACCACAUGUCUUCCUGUUGGUGUUACAGAUCGGCAGAUUCACCCCAGAGGAGAAGGAGACACUGGAACUGAUCAGGAAAGGUUUUGGGAAGAAUUCAGAAAAGUUCACCAUCAUUCUUUUAACAAAAGGAGACACACUGGAACAUACAAAGGUGUCUGUUGAAGAAUACAUUGAAAACUCUGAAGAUUCCUUUAAGAAGCUGAUUUCUGACUGUGGAGGAAGAUACCAUGUGUUCAAUAACUUUGAUGAGCAAAACUGCUCACAGGUCAGUGAGCUGAUAACAAAGAUUGACACCAUGGUGAAGAACAAUGGAGGAUGCUGCUACACCAAUGAGAUGCUGCAAGAGGCUGAAGCAGCGAUACAGAAAGAAGUAGAGAGAAUCCUGAAGGAGAAAGACGAAGAGAUGAAGAGACUGAGAGAGGAGCUUGAAAGAAAACAUGAGGAAGAAAUGAAAGCAAUGACAAAAAGAAUGGAAGAAGAGAAGAAAAAACUUCAGCAGGAAAGAGACCAGAAACUCAAGGAGAUGGAAGAAAAUAUAAAGAAGGAGCGUGAGGAGAGAAAGACAGAACAGGAAAUAAGAGAAAAAGAGAACAGGAAAUGGAAAAAUGAGGAAGAAUUACACAGACAGAAUUUGAAAACACAACUUGAAAUGUUGGACAAACAAAUUCACUCAGAAAAAGAGGAAAAGAAAAGUGUGAACAAAGAGCUGGAAAAGAACAGAGAAGAGAUGAGGAGAAAACAAGAAGCCUGGGAGAAAGAACGAAGUGAAUGGUGGGAGAAACGAAGACAAGAAGAUGAACAGAGACGAGAGGAAGAGCAAAUAAAACUUGAAAACCUUGAAGAAAUGUACAAGCAGGAAAUAGAAAAAAAUGAAAAGAAAAGAAAAGAAGAAGACAAAAUGAGGAGAGAAGAGGAGAAGAAAGAACGAAAUCAGCUGGAGGAAAACUAUAAAAUACGUGUGGAAAAUCUGAAGAAGAUGUAUGAAGAUGAGGCCAGAAAGAAAGCUGAAGAGUUCAAUGAUUUCAAAGACAAGCACAAACAGGCAUUACAGGAACACGAGAAUAAAAUCAAAGACAAAGAUGAGAAGUAUGACCUGUUAAAGGCUCUGGCUGAGCACACUGAAAAACAAAAGAGAGAAAAGCAUCAAGCAGAAAUCAAAGAUGUGAUAAAAUGUCUUUCCAAGAAGAGAGGAAACGUGAAAAAAAUCAAAGAGUUGCUGAUAAAACAUGAGGAUCAAAUGAAGAUUGCAAAAAACCAGGAGGAAAAAGAAAACCUGCAGAAAAUCCAUGAAACAGAAAUAAGUGAACUAAUACAAAAACUUCUGGAUGAAACAACAUCUCCCUGCAGCAUUUCAUGAGGGGAUUUUUUUGGUGUUUUUGUGACAGAGCUCCAUGAAUAAAAGAUUUUCUGUACAUUUAGUUAAAUGUUGAGAUGAGAAUGCCAGAGUGUGUGUGCUGAUGCUUAUAGAUCUGAAUUUACUUAAUCAAGCGCAACAGAAUCCAGAUUAAACUGCUUAUGAUUUUCUAAUUGAUCAGAUACAAAUUCAUACAUUUUAUGGUCAAUUUGUGAACAUUUUACAGUUACAGAUCACAGACAGAAUUCUUAAUUUAUCUUAUAAAUUCUUAUUUUCAGGAUUGCGUUCCAUUUUGUUUCUUUUGUGAGUCAUUGACAUGUGUAGUAUGAAUUACUGCCAUGUAACUCUUCAGGUUAUGGAACAUUUUGAAGCAGUUUAAUUUUUUGGUAUAUUUUAUGUUGAUUAUUUUCAUGUAGUGGCAUAUUAAACAAUAGAAGAAGCUUCAGCUGGUUAUUCGA